AUGGAUCACUCUCUGUUCGGCUGCUUGCGGAGCCCUCAUGCUCCGGCACAGGCCCUGCAUCCGGCCUUAACCCAGUCACCGCUGGCCCUCCACGGACGCUCAGACCACAUCUCCUACCCCGACCUGCCGGGACCCUCUCCACCCUGCAGCUACCCGCCCGAGGAGGGGACCUUUGGGGGACCGCACCAUCGCAGUCACCCUCCUCAGCAGCACCCCCAUCAUCCCCAACACCAACCCGCCUGGCACAUCCCACAGAUGCCUUCUCCAGCCGGGGCACGUCACGGCCUUUGUCUCCCGCACCCUGACGCUGCCGUACAAGAGCUGUGCGGUGCAGGAGGGCCAGGAGCCCAAACCAUGUGCCCCUCCAAUCCAGGCGGCACUGACCCCUCUGGGGCUUCGUGUGUUUCCGGGGACUUUGGGCGACAGACUAUGUCUCCUGUGGAACCAGAGAGGAGAAAUGGUAAAGGAAAAAGUGACAGCUCCGAUUCCCAAGACGGGAGCUAUAAGUCAGACGUGAGCAGCAAACCCAGGAAGGAGCGUACAGCCUUCACCAAGGAACAGAUUCGGGAACUAGAGUCCGAGUUUGCCCACCACAACUAUCUGACGCGGCUGAGACGAUACGAAAUCGCUGUCAACCUUGACCUCACCGAGAGACAAGUGAAGGUGUGGUUUCAGAAUAGAAGGAUGAAGUGGAAAAGAGUGAAAGGAGGGCAGCAGGGGGCUGCGGCGCGAGAGAAAGAACUGGUGAACGUGAAGAAGGGAACGUUAUUGCCUUCUGAGUUCUCAGGCAUGGUGGGAUUACCCCACCCCAUCAGCUCUCCUGGCAACGAGGAUGACAGUCACGACAGCGACCACAGUUCCGAGCACGCUCACUUAUGA